GCAAGAAGUUGUUUUUAAGGAUUUGCCACAGCUGCGGCUACAAAGCUGGAUACGACCACCUGGACCCUUGAGUCUUCUUCCAGAACUACGUGUAAGGGAUUUUGCUGCUGAAAGUUUACAGCGCGAUGGUCCUUCAGCGAGUUCCUGCCCUCCUGAUUCUGUUGCUUGCAGCAUGUCUGCCUCCACCGCAGUGUGCCCAGGACCCUGCCAUGGUGCAUUACAUCUACCAGCGCUUUCGAGUCUUAGAGCAAGGACUGGAAAAAUGCACCCAAGUUACAAGGGCAUACAUUCAAGAGUUCCGAGAAUUUUCAAAGAACAUAAGCAUUAUGCUGGGCAAGUGUCAGACCUACACAAGUGAGUACAAGAGUGAAGUCAAUAACCUGGCACUGAGAGUGGAACGUGCCCAACGGGAGAUCGACUACCUAGAAUACCUUCGAGAGGCUGACGUGUGCAUUGAGUCGGAGGAAAAAGCACUGGCAGAGAAGGUACUUCAAGAAGCUGAAGAGGAGAAAAAGAUCCAAACCUUACUGAAUGCAAGCUGCAACAACAUGCUGAUGGGAAUCAAGUCUCUGAAAAUAGUCAAGAAGACUGUGAACACAGAAGGCGCCUGGAUGAAAGACACUGUUGGUGACUCUGCAAAGAUAUAUUUCUUAAUUGGAUCCAGAAACAGCACUGUUUGGGAAUUUGCAAACAUGCGUGCAUUUAUGGAAGACAGCAUCAAGCCAGCCCCUCGAAAGCUAAUCCUAACACUUGCCUGGCAAGGAUCAGGCCAAGUGGUCUACAAAGGUUUUCUUUUUUUUCAUAACUCUGGAACUACUAAUGAGAUUGUCAAAUACAACCUGCAGAAGAGGACUGUGGAAGAUCGAAUGCUGCUCCCAGGAGGGGCUGGCAGAGCACCAGCAUACCAGCACAACCCCUCUGUUUACAUUGACUUGGCUGUGGAUGAGCACGGGCUCUGGGCCAUCCACACAGGGCCAGGCACCCAGGGCCAUUUGGUUCUUACAAAAAUUGACUCUGGGCCAAUGGGAGUGGAAUAUUCAUGGGACACCCCAUGCAAAAGCCAGGAUGCUGAAGCCUCGUUCCUCCUGUGUGGGGUUCUCUAUGUGGUCUACAAUCCUGGGGGUCAGGGCCCUCAUCGUAUCACCUGUGUGUAUGAUCCACUAGGCACUAUCAAUGAAGAGGACCUGCCCAACUUGUUCUUCCCCAGGCGACCAAGAAGUCACUCUAUGAUCCAUUACAACCCCAGAGAUAAGCAGCUGUAUGCCUGGAACGAAGGGAACCAGAUCAUUUACAAACUCCAGACGAAGAGAAAGCUGCCUCUGAAGUAACGCAUCAUCACAGCCCGGCAGGGCAGCGUGCUCAGCUUGGCAGCUGCUGUCCAGGACACUGAGGCCACAGCCCCUACAUGAUGUAGUAUCUCCCUAGUGCUACACAGAAUCAGGGUCUGGAAGUCAAAAUACAUAUGCAUCCUUUCCCAGAUGUCACUGCCGUUGGAGUCUUCCAAGAGCUUAGAUAAGAUUCUAUCGCCUGGAAUUUUCAGCAACAUCCAUUACUCAUCUAAGCCUCCUGCGUUUCAUGGCUUUCCACAGUCCGAUGCAAUUUCCUUCUAGCGUUUCUGAGUCGCCAGCAUUCCCUCUGAUGCUGCCCUCCUUCCUGACACAUUAACGACUGUUUACCACCCUAUAAUGUUCACUGGCAUCUCUCUCCUUUGGCCGUUGUUCAAGCUCUUUCCCAUGUGUCCAAUGCCUGUUGAUAUUCUCCCCUUUUUACUGCUCCACUAAAGUACUGCUUCUUAUGGAUGAUUAAUCUCUAUUUUCCCUAGCCCUGUCCUUCUGCCAAGCUAGGUGGAUAUAAUAACAUGGUAAAAACAUUAACAUUUGAAUCCAACUUUGCAGCUACUAAGUGUUUGCACAUCAUUUAAUUUUCAUCUCACCCUUGUAAGACAUGCACAGCAAAUCUUUAUAAUUGCCAUUUAACAAUGAGGAGCGUUUAGGUGAGUUAUUCAAAGUAACACAACUACGAGAUGAAAAAAAAAAAAAACCAGAAAAUAUUCCCCGAUUCACAGUCUUUCCAUUGCCCAAGGAAGCAUCAAAUAUGUAUGUUUGUUCACCCAGCCUUUCAUAAUCAAUGUGUUCAUCACUUCAGCCUAAAAAUAACAGGCUGUCUCUCUAGUCAGUUUUCAUGUCUGCAUUCAACCUGCCAAUCGGCCUCUGAAAAGCCACUUCCCCCAGAAAACCUGUGUAAGGGUUAGGAUCUCUCCUCUAGCCUCAUCUUGUCUUACUGCUUGUCCCCUGCUUCUCUUUUCUUGCUUUAAAUGCAAUAAAAAUGGCACUAAGCAAAUAACCUCAUCAGGUUAUAUUUGUGUCCAUACCCUCAGCAUGAAAGCUUUCAG